UACAAACUUCUUAUUUUCCAGAACGUCAUACUGCUCAAAAUUUACGAGAUAGUACAGUUGAAAUGGCAGAAACUUGGGAUAUAUCAAGGAAAAUAAAAGUUAUUGUAAGUGAUAAUGGUAGCAAUAUUGUUAGCGCAAUAAAUAUGUCACCAUGGCAUCAAAUUUUUUGUUUUGCUCAUACUUUAAAUCUCGUUGCUCAGAGUGCAUUGAAGAAUAUUGAUUCAAUUGUUAAUGUUCUUCAAAAGUGCCGAAAUAUUGUUAUUGUAUUUAAAAAUAGUAACACUACAGCAGAGUUAUUACGAAAAGAGCAAAUUCGUCAAGGAAUAGUUACUCCUCUUAGUUUGAAAAGAGACGUACCAACACGAUGGAAUUCCACGUACCUCAUGUUAAGUCGUAUAAUUGAAUUGCGAAAUAUCUUGCCUGCGGUUCUCACAGCACGAAAAGAUGUAUCUCUGAUUGCGUAUGAAGAAUGGGAAAUGAUUGUUGGUAUAGUAAAUGUACUAAAACCAGUGUAUCAGGCAACUAAAGAAAUGUCUGGUGAACAUUAUGUAACCAUAUCAAAAGUUAUACCUAUUCUUGGAUGCAUUAAUUCUGCCUUAAAAGCUUUGAAUUUAUCGAAUGAUGUUGAAUUACUCCGAUCUAAUUUGUUAUGUGAACUUGAUAAAAGAUUUGGAAAUAUUGAAACAAACUCUAUUUAUGCUAUUGCAACAUUGUUGGAUCCUCGUUUCAAAAACGUUGUGUUUAAAUCCAAAGUAUGCAUUAAAAUAGCAAAAACUAAAUUAUUAUGCGAAUGUGAGAAUCCAUAUGUUGAAAGUAAUAAUUCUGAAGAACAUACCGAGUUAAUAGAAUUGAAUAAUGAAAUUUCGAACAGCGAUACAGAUACUUUAUUGGCAACAUUUGAUCAAACAGUUAAAGAGACAGGCACCGAUAAUAUUUCUUCUUCGGCAAAACGAGAAUUACAAAGGUAA